AUGAACGCAGACGGUGCCGCGCAAAGGCUGGCCGCCAGCACUUCCGCGUUGCGCCGGGCCUUGGCUGCGGUGGCGCUGGAGGGUGGCGGCCAGGUGACGGUGCCGCCGGGCACGUGGCACCUAGGGCCGGUGAACCUCACCAGCAACUUGGUGCUUUGGCUCUCGGAGGGCGCUACACUGGUGGCCGACACAGAGCCCUCGCGGCUUCCGGUCUUGCCCGCGUUGCCAUCUUGGGGCCCUGCGCUCACGGCAGCGGAAGUGCUCAAGGAGGGGCUUCUACGACCUCAAGCUGAUCUCCGCGAUGCGGUGCCGAGGUACCAACCGCUGCUUUGGGGCAACAAGGUGCGGAACGUGACCAUCACGGGCGAGAAUGGCACCAUCGACGGUCACGGUGUGGAUUGGUGGUCGCGCUGGCUGCGAGAGCCGCUGCUGGGCCGGCCCCACAGCAUCCAAUUCCAGGAGUCCCAGGACAUCCUCAUCAGGAACAUCACCAUCAGGAACCCGGGCUUCUGGACAGUGCACCUUUGGCGCUGCGCAUAUGUCACGGUGCAGUUCCUCACGAUCCUUGUCGACCCGUGGGCUCCGUUGGUGCGGCCAACCAACACGGAUGGGGUGAACCCGGACUCCUCAAAGCAUGUGCUCAUCGAGGACAGCUACCUCCAAACCGGGGACGACGCCAUCGCUGUGAAGAGUGGCUGGGAUUGCUACGGGCGCGAGGUGCCGAUGCCCUCGGAGAACGUCACCAUCCGCCGGGUCACGGUGCGUCAGACCAGGGGCUGCAACGCGGCGGCCUUCACCAUCGGCUCCGAGAUGUCCGGUGGGGUCCAAGACGUGGUGCUUGAAGACUGCGUCGUGGUCAACGCCGGCGUGGCAGUCGAGAUCAAGGUGGGCGCCACGCGCGGGGGCUUCGUGCGCGGCAUCCUGGCCAAGAAUCUGCAGGCGGAUCGAUCGCCUCAUGCGUAG